GAGCCGGCGCCAAGAUGGCGGCUCUGACAGGCGGAGGGCGGCCGCGCCGGGGGCCGCGCGGGCCGGAGCGGAGCCGCCGCGGCUGAGCCCCUGGGCCGCCCUCGAGGCAGGCACCCGGCCGCCGGGACCCAGGACAUGGUGCGACCCGCGCCGGGCCGCCGCCGUCGCCGCCGCCGCUGAGCUCGCGGGCCGCGCCGGGCUCGACCGUGGGAGCGGGAGGAUGCUUUCCGCGCUCAAGAAGCUGGUGGGGUCGGAGCAGGCUCCGGGCCGCGACAAGAAUAUCCCCGCCGGGCUGCAGUCCAUGAACCAGGCGCUGCAGAGGCGCUUCGCCAAAGGGGUGCAGUACAACAUGAAGAUAGUGAUCCGAGGAGACAGGAACACGGGCAAGACUGCGCUGUGGCACCGGCUCCAGGGCAAGAAGUUUGUGGAGGAGUACAUCCCCACGCAGGAGAUCCAGGUCACCAGCAUCCACUGGAACUACAAAACCACUGAUGAUAUCGUGAAAGUUGAAGUCUGGGACGUAGUUGACAAAGGGAAGUGCAGGCGGCGAGGUGAUGGCUUGAAGGUGGAGAACGACCCCCAGGAGGCAGAGUCCGAGAUGGCCCUGGACGCUGAGUUCCUGGACGUGUACAAGAACUGUAAUGGGGUGGUCAUGAUGUUCGACAUCACCAAGCAGUGGACCUUCAACUACAUCCUGCGGGAGCUUCCCAAGGUGCCGACCCACGUGCCAGUGUGCGUGCUGGGGAACUACCGCGACAUGGGCGAGCACCGAGUCAUCCUGCCUGAUGAUGUGCGCGACUUCAUCGACCAUCUGGACAGGCCUCCAGGCUCCUCGUACUUCCGCUACGCCGAGUCCUCCAUGAAGAACAGCUUUGGCCUAAAGUACCUUCACAAAUUCUUCAAUAUCCCGUUUCUGCAGCUUCAGAGAGAGACCCUGCUCCGGCAGCUGGAGACGAACCAGCUGGACGUGGACGCCACGCUGGAAGAGCUGUCCGUGCAGCAGGAGACCGAGGACCAGAACUACGACAUCUUCCUCGAGCUGAUGGAGGCACGCAGCCGUGGCCACGCGUCCCCACUGGCAGCCGACGGGCAGAGCCCAUCCUCAGGCUCCCAGUCUCCAGUGGUGCCUCCCAGCGCUGUGUCCACAGGGAGCUCCAGCCCCAGCACACCCCAGCCAGCCCCACAGCUGCCCCUCCACACCCCCUCAGCCAGCCCCUGUCCCCCACCCCCCACAGAGGCCCCACUGCCCCCUGCAGCCCCUGCCCCACGGCGCAGCAUCAUCUCGAGGCUGUUUGGGACCUCGCCAGCUGCCGAGGCAGCCCCUUCACCCCCAGAGCCAGCCCCAGCUGCAGAGGCCCCAACCAAAGUCCAGAACGUGGAGGAUUUCAUUCCCGAAGAAGGCCUUGACCACAGCUUUCUGGAUGACACAGUGCCCCAGAAGGAUGAGAAGAAAGUCGGAGCCAAGGUCCUACAAGACAGUGACAGCGAUGGGGAGGCCCCAGGUGGGAACCCGCUGGUGGCAGGUUUCCAGGAUGAUGUGGACGUUGAAGAUAAGCCGCCCAGCAGGCCCCGACUGCCCCUGGGCCCCAGGGAAGACGUGACUUCUUCCAGUGAGGAGGAAGCAGAGGGGGUGGCGGUGCACCCCAGGGCCACUGUCCUGGUCCCCGAGAAGUGCUCUGAGCCAGAGACCAAACGGCCCUCCACAAAGGCCGCGAGGCUGCGCAGGGGUGCGGCUCCCAGGGCUGUGGAGUCCCGCCGGCCAGGCGUCCGCAAGUCCCCCACCGAGGACCCCUCUGGAGGGCAUGAGGAGGGCAAGGACCAGCAGGCAGCGUCGUCAGAGAGUGACCCUGAAGGGCCCAUCGCCGCCCAGAUGCUCUCCUUUGUCAUGGACGACCCCGACUUUGAGAGCGACUCGGACCCUCAGCGGAGAGCGGAUGAGUUCCCAGUGCGAGAGGACCUCUCUGACGAGACAGACGAGCAUGCUGGUCCUGCCCAGCCACCCCCACCCCCCAAGCCGCCUGUGUCCUCCUUCAGACUGAAGAAUGACUCGGACCUCUUCGGGUUGGGACUGGCGGAAACGGGCCGCAAGGAGAUCAGCGAUGAAGGUAAGGAGGGCAAGCCUCCCACGAAAGAGAAGAAGAAGAAGAAGAAGAAAGGCAAAGAGGAGGAAGAAAGGGCCGCGAAGAAAAAGGGCAAGCCUAAGAAGAGCAGAGACAAGGAGGAAGGCAGGCAGGAGCGGCGGCGGCGGCCCAGGGCUACAGAGAGCACCGCUGUGGACGAGCUGGAGGCCUUCCUGGGGGGCGCAGCGCCGGGGGGCCACCUCCGCGGGGGCGGGGACUACGAGGAGCUGUAGGCCUAGCCCCGCCCCCCCGCCGGGGUGGGGACGCGCCGCGGGCCCCCUCCUGGCCCCUGGGGCUGCGGGGGCCACGCUGCAGGGAGUGGGCCAGCGGGCGGUGGGCGGGGCUCUGCAGGCCGCCGGCCCCCAGCGCUUCUCAGGGAUGGGACUGAGGCCCAGGAGGCCGCGAGGCUGUUUACAGGGCGGGGCACGUCCUCGUCACCGGCCUGGCUCCUGCUUGCCCCCAGCCCGCUGCACUCGCUCUCCCAGGCCCCCCCGCACGUGGGUGGGCUCCGCUUCCUGCCCCUUCUGGCAUGGGGGGGGCACACCCCCCGGCAGCACCGGCGCCUUCCCCAGGCUAGGGUCCAGCUUUGCACCUGCGCUGGGCUUGCUGCCAGCCAGGCCAGGGGGGUCCUCAGACACUGUUUCCUCUCGUUCUCCUUCAACACUCCGACCAUAAAGCUCUCCUGUUUUACUGUG